CAGAAGAGAAAUCAGCCCCUGGUGUGUUAGCAGACAGAUUUCCAAAGAAAGGUUCCAGUGAACAUGAGAAUUCGUUAGAGAGCCAGCAGGAACAUCAGGAGAAGCGUUUACUACAAGGGGUUAUGAUCCAGAAGAAAUCUGGGGAGAGAAGUUGCCAGUGUGAUCUAUUUGGAAGAACUUUCAGCCCGAGGUCAUUACUUGUUCAACAGCAAGGAGAGGGUCUACAUGAUUAUGAUUUGUUUAAAAAGAACUUAAAACAGAAGCCAGAGCUAAUGAAGCAUGAAAGAACAUGUGCAGGAAAGAAACCUUGGAAGUGUAGUGAGUGUGAGAAAGCCUUUAGUUACUACUCAGCUUUUGUCUUACAUCAGAGGAUACACACAGGAGAAAAACCCUAUGAGUGCAAUGACUGUGGUAAAACCUUUAGCCAGAGCAUACACCUCACUCUACACCAGCGAAUCCACACUGGGGAGAAGCCCUAUGCGUGCCACGAAUGUGGAAAGGCCUUCAGUCACCGCUCAGCCCUUAUUCGGCAUCAUAUAAUCCAUACUGGAGAGAAACCCUACGAGUGUCAUGAAUGUGGGAAGGCCUUUAAUCAGAGUUCAUACCUCACUCAGCAUCAACGAAUUCACACUGGAGAGAAACCUUACGAGUGUAAUGAGUGUGGGAAGGCCUUUAGCCAAAGCACAUUUCUUACUCAGCAUCAGGUCAUUCACACUGGAGAAAAACCCUAUAAGUGUAACGAGUGUGGGAAAGCCUUCAGUGACCGCUCAGGCCUCAUACAGCACCAGAGAACUCACACAGGGGAGAGGCCUUAUGAGUGCAGAGAAUGCGGAAAAGCCUUUGGCUACUGCUCAGCUCUGACUCAGCACCAGAGGACUCACACAGGGGAGAAGCCCUAUCAGUGCAACAACUGCACCAAAGCCUUCAGCGACCGUUCAGCCCUUAUCCGUCAUCAGAGGACACACACUGGAGAGAAACCUUACAAAUGUAAGGACUGUGGAAAGGCUUUCAGCCAGAGCUCGUCUCUCACAAAGCAUCAGAAAACUCACACCGGGGAGAAACCUUACGAGUGUAAGGAGUGUGGUAAAUCCUUCAGCCAGAGUUCAUCUCUCUCUCAACAUCAGAAAACACAUGCUGCAGAGAAAAGCAAGGGCUGUGGGAAGACUUUUAGCGAGCACUCAGUCUUUGGUCAGCAGAAGAGAAUUCAUACUGGAUAAGGACUGUGUAAAUAUAAUUAUUUCCAGCACAUGUUGAACAUCCAAUAUAUGUGGUGUGGGGGCUACAAAGAAACUUAACUCUAUUACAAGGUGUAUUCAUUGGGAAGUCAUUGUUGGGAUGGAGUGUAGAUUACUUAAAACUGA